UCGAUUGAGACGGCCUUUUCCUCAGCGGCCGGGCCGGGCCGGGCUGCCGCCGCCGCGAUGCUGCGCUGGCUGAUCGGGGGCGGCCGGGAGCCGCAGGGCCUGGCGGAGAAAUCAUCUGUACAGACCAUUGGUGAAGAACAAAUACAAAAUCCUUACACGGAGCUCCUUGUAUUGAAAGGUCAUCAAGAUAUAGUACGAUUUCUAGUACAAAUAGAUGAUUGCAGGUUUGCAUCUGCAGGGGAUGAUGGAAUCAUAUUUCUGUGGAAUGCUCAGACUGGAGAGAAACUUUUUGAACUUCAUGGACAUACACAAAAAAUUACAGCUAUAGCACCGUUUUCUUCAUCAGAUGCUUCCGAAGAAAAAAGUAAUUUGAUUUUAACAGCGUCAGCUGAUAAAACAGUUAUUGUUUGGGACUGCACUACUGGCAGACAGGUUCAAAAAGUGUCAUGUUUCCAUUCUACAGUAAAGUGUUUGACAGUUCUUCAAAGACUGGAUGUAUGGUUGUCUGGAGGGAGUGAUCUAUGUGUUUGGAACCGAAAAUUAGAUCUCUUGUGUAAGACCAGUCAUCUUACUGAUGCAGGUAUCAGUACUUUGGUUGAAUUGCCUAAAAAUUGUGUUGCGGCUGCUGUGGGCAAAGAGCUAAUCAUUUUUAGGUUGAUUGCUUCCAGUGAUAAGUCUGAAGGUUGGAAUAUCCUUGAAGUAAAACGCCUUGUUGACCAUCAUGAUAACAUCUUGUCAUUGGUCAGUGUCAAUGAUUUGACUUUUGUGACAGGUUCGCAUGUGGGCGAGUUAGUAGUUUGGGAUGCAAUUGACUGGACAAAGCAGGCAUCUGAGUGCAACUUCUGGGACUCCUCUGUCCAUCCAGAUUCACAGACAGAAAUAAAGUUAUCCCAAAGUCCAAAUGAAACUUCAGUUCAACACUUAACAUCUGAUGAAGAGUGUGUGUUUGCUGCUGUUGGGAAAGGCAUAUACGUAUAUAAUCUUCAAAUGAAGCGUGUGAUUGCCUGCCAGAGAACUGCUCAUGACUCCUCUGUACUGCACAUUGAGAAGCUUCCAAACAGGCAGCUGAUAUCCUGUUCAGAAGAUGGCAGUGUUCGCAUUUGGGAGCUCCGAGAAAAGCAGCAGGUGCCAGCUGAACCAGUUCCAACAGGAUUUUUCAACAUGUGGGGAUUUGGAAGGGCAAACAAACAGGCAAACCAAGCUGCUAAGAAGACGCAGGAGAAUACAACUAUGCAUUUUUUGGAGCUGGUUGGUGAUUUGAUUGGUCAUUCAUCAGCUGUGCAGAUGUUCCUGUACUUUGGUGAACUGGGACUGGUUACAUGCUCUGCUGACCACCUCAUUAUCUUGUGGAAGGAUGGUGAACGGGAAUCUAGACUACGGAGUUUAACGUUAUUUCAGAAAUUGGCACAAAAUGGUGAUUUGCAGCUCAAAUCUUAAAUAGCUUGAAUACAGGCUAAAUAUUCAUAAACUGGAUGUGCAUUAAAUGUGAGUGUAAAGGAAACUCUGAGCUACUGGGAAUGUGACUAUCAAUAAGGUUUACACUUAAUGUCAUGUAUUAUAUUGGAAUUUUUAUGGCCACUACUCUUCUCAAAGGAGAAUUUUGCAUGUUGAAACUUACUUGGCUUUAUCUGUCAGCAGAAACGGUGUUCCCUUAAACGACUGAAGAUAACGAUGACUCGUUAAAUAGUUUCUAGUAUUAUUCCCGAUGUUUAAAAAAUUCAUGCAUGGAUGUCAAAAUUAAGAGUUGUUAAAAAUACUUAGCUGGAUGAUAACUGAAGCAGCUGGAGCUAUUCCACAGUGCUCUGUGGAAGAGGCACAAGAACACAUUGAAGACUUUCUGCUUUAUGUAAUUUAUUUCUUACAACUGAAGUCUGAAAGACUUUAGUCACUGAUGGCUCAGAGUUGUGUAUCUACCAAAAAAAGACAGUUUUCAUAGAAUUUUUGCAUGUGAAGUUACACCAAGGGUUAGAGGAAGAAAGAAAAGUAGGCAAUACCAGUUCAUCAAGUCUGCCUGUUGGUCUCUAUCUAAUGCAUCUAUCUAAUACAUUGUUUUAGCUGGUCUUCAUCAGCAAGUGUUGCAUUUUUAGCUACUCUGUGAAAGGUACAAACUGGGGGAGAGCAGUUUCUCUUUGGCCUUUUUUUUUCCUCAUUUCGACUGAGAAAUAAUUCAGUUGUUCAUAAAGUGUGUAUAUAAGUUGUUUCUAAAACUUUACAGUGAAAGCUUAUAAAACUUUUUUUUUUUCUUUUUUGAGAGGCUACUGCUAUCAUCAAUUACAACUAGAACGGAUGAACAUCA